AUGCAGAUCCCAAACAUAGACACCGGCGGCCCCGCCAUCGACAACUGGCGAUCCGUCUUUCAAGAUUCCUUCCCUUCGUUGGACAAGUACACUUUGAUUUACAAAGACCUUCAUCAGCACCCGGAGCUCCCGUGCCAGGAAUCUCGCACGGCCGCCGUCGUGGCCGGGCACCUUCAGUCACUGGGCUUUCGGGUGCAGAGCAACAUUGGCGGCCAUGGCGUUGUCGGCAUCUUGAGCAACGGGGAGGGGAAAACAGUGCUGCUCCGCUCCGAACUGGAUGCCUUGCCGAUUGCAGAGGAUACAGGCCUCCCGUAUGCGAGCAAGGUCAAGCAGGUCGACUUGGACGGCAUCACCAAGCCCGUCAUGCACGGCUGCGGCCACGACAUGCACAUGGCUUGCUUGUUGGGCGCGGCAGACCUGCUGCAACGGGUCCAGGACUUUUGGUCCGGCACGCUCGUCUGCGUCUUCCAGCCGAAUGAGGAGCGGCUACUCGGCGCUCAGGCAAUGAUUGACGACGGCCUCUUCAGCAAGAUCCCCAUGCCGGACAUUGUGCUGGGCCAGCAUGCUGUCCCCACGAGGGCCGGCACCAUUGGCACCAGGCCCGGGCGAGUCCUCGCCUUUCUCGACUCACUGGCCGUCCGCGUUUACGGCAAGGGAACUCACUCGUCGACACCGGAGCUGGGUAUUGACCCUAUCCUGAUGGCAAGUUGCAUCAUAUCACGCCUGCAGAUGGUCGUCGCGCGAGAGAUUGACUUUCGGGAGCCGUGCACCAUCACCUGCGGCUAUUUCCACGCCGGAACAGACGCCAGCAUUAUCCCCGAGUUUGCCGACUUCAAAGUAGACAUUCGCUCCUUUGACCAGAAUAUACAAAACACCGCGGUCAAGGCAGUCAGCCGCAUCAUUGAGGGGGAAUGCCGGGCUGCAAACUCUCCCAAGCCUCCGCGGAUCUCAACUUCGGCCCACUGCCCACCGAUUGACAAUGAUGCAGAAGCUACGGGGAAGUUUGCCUGCGCCUUGCAACGAUUUUACAAGGACGACGAGCCGGGAAAGGUGGUUGAGAUGGACCUCGACAUCACUGCGGAUGAUUUCGUGCUCUUGGGCCACCCGCCAGGCGAGAAGCCGAUCCCGUACGUUUACUGGAACUUUGGUGUGAUCCCGCGAGACGAAUAUGAUCAGGCUGCAAAAGACGGCAGGAUCCAGGAUUUGCCCUCGAAUCACAAUCCAAAGUUUGCGCCAGAGAUUGAACCGUCCCUUCGAGCGGGGAUCGAAGGCUUGGCCAUUGCAUCGGUCACUUUCUUCGGGAAGAGCUGA